GAAUGGGAAACGGGGAAUCUACGGCUUAUAUGAGACCGUCUGAAAUUCGCUUCAGUCACGACAGCAUUCAAUCAGCUUUCCGAGAUGGACGCUCGCUCGAAACGACAUAUCGCGAAGUCCUGUGGGAUAAGAUAACAGUCGACGCUCUGCCCACGAUGGAAGUGAUGCAGUAUAAUGGUCACUGGUUCGUGGUUCGUGGAAAUAGGAGACUUUUUCUACUGAAAAAUUUGGAGAAACAUAAUUAUUUGACAAGUGUUAAGAUGCUCAGAAAGCCGUACGAUGAAGGGAUAUUCUAUAGACAGUUUACCACACCAAAUAUGGGAAAGAGUGUUAAAAUCCGAGGGGAUCACUUCUCUCCGUUCUUGGAGCAGAGACUUGACGAAAUUUGGGACGAGCGCCAACGUCAGAAUUGGUCCUGUAUCAUUUCUUAGUGGACGGAGGACGCACAAUGACGCAUUCAGUGGAUUUGAUGUCCAUGGGGGAUUCAACUAAAUUGUGUUCAUACAUUGUAGCAAUAUCAGAAUUUUAACGAAUUCAAUAAAAGCAAAAUCCUUUGGUAAUUAUUUUCAUUCAUCAAUUUUUGUUUUUAAUCAUAAGAUAGAGAUUACAUUGCAUAUUUAUAAUAUUAUAUGAUAUUAAAUAUAAAUUUUA